GGUCUUUUUCUCCUUCUACUAUUGAAUCUCAGAGUUGGCCGUGACGCGCGGCCCAUGGGAAGACCACAUAGAUCUCACCAGAAUGCUACGACCAUCGAGCUUUCUCAGCCGACAACUUGUGUAUGGGAAUCCCUUUGCGCAGCUCGCUUUUUGAGAGAGAAACACACUUUUUUGACGAGACUCGGUGAAAGCGGUGAGAGCGGUGGAGACCUCCGGAUCACGAAAUGUUGGGAUGGAAGGCGCAGACUUUGACUCGCCGUCUCCAACAGGAGUAUGAAGUCCUACUUGACGGGUGUGAGAUCUCCGAGAGUGAAACUUUGUUGCCUUGGGAUAUCGCUACACGCUUUCGGGGAAAUACAAUAAAGUGGGAAACGAUUACCACCUCGCAGUCCCCGCAACAUGGCCUCGGCUGCUAAUGCGCCCUCCGAGCAGGAAAACAGAGACCCCGACCGGCCGAGGAUAACGCGGAGGAAUAGGGGGGACUAUACCCGCAACACACCGCUGGAUUUGGAGUAUUUGCAGCGGCCGAGUUACUGCGAUGCGGGCUUCGCUUUGGAGCAAAUCACAGAGGGCAAGGCGACGGGGAGGAAAGCACCUCUAUGGCUGAGGGCGAAGUUCCAGAGACUUUUAUUUAGGCUGGGCUGUUACAUACAAAAGAACUGCGGGAAGUUUUUGGUUGUGGGUCUGAUGAUUUUUGGAGCUUUUGCCGUGGGCUUACGGGCAGCUAAUCUGGAGACGGACGUGGAGAAACUCUGGGUGGAAGUUGGUGGGCGUGUGAACCAGGAGCUGAAGUACACACGGCAGAAGAUAGGCGAGGAGGCCAUGUUUAACCCUCAGCUGAUGAUCCAGACGCCGCGGGAGGAAGGAGCAAAUGUUUUAACGGUGGAGGCGCUCCUGCAGCACCUGGAUUCAGCUCUGAGAGCCAGCAGAGUUCAUGUUUACCUUUAUAAUAGACAAUGGAAAUUAGAACACUUAUGCUACAAAUCAGGAGAACUAGUCACAGAAACUCAUUUUAUGAAUCAGAUCAUCGAAAAGCUACAUCCCUGCCUCAUCAUCACCCCUUUGGACUGUUUCUGGGAGGGAGCCAAGCUCCAGUCAGGAAUGGUCUAUCUCCCAGGUAAAGACCCUCUUCAAUGGACCAACUUUGACCCUAAGGAGUUCCUUGAGGACUUGCGAAAGGUGAACUUCCCUGUAGAAGGCUUCGAGGACAUGUUGGAGAAGGCGGAUGUUGGACACGGAUACAUGGAUAGACCCUGCUUGAACCCUUCUGACCCUGACUGUCCUCUCACUGCGCCCAAUAAGAACUCAACAAAGCCAUUCGACGUGGCGCGGGCUCUAAGAGGAGGCUGCCACGGUCUGUCCAGGAAGUACAUGCACUGGCAGGAGGAACUGAUCGUAGGAGGGACCACCAAGAACGGCAGCGGACCCCUGCUCAGUGCCCAGGCCUUACAGACCAUGUUCCAGCUGAUGACUCCCAAGCAGAUGUUUGAGCACUUUCGGGGCUACGACGAUGUUUCCCACAUCAACUGGAAUGAGGAGAAGGCUGCAGCGAUCCUGGAAGCCUGGCAGAGGAGAUACUCUGAGGCCGUGUUGCAGAGCGUGGCAGCAAAUUCGUCCCAGAAGGUUUUGUCAUUUACCACCACCACGCUGGAGGACAUCCUCAAGUCUUUCUCUGACAUCAGUGUCAUCCGUGUCGCCAGUGGUUACCUGCUGAUGCUGGCCUAUGCGUGUCUGACUAUGCUGCGGUGGGACUGUGCCAAGUCACAGGGGGCUGUAGGGCUGGCGGGUGUCCUGCUGGUGACGCUCUCUGUGGCGGCUGGUCUGGGCCUCUGCUCUCUGCUGGGCAUUUCCUUCAAUGCUGCCACCACACAGGUGCUACCCUUCCUGGCUCUGGGCGUUGGAGUGGAUGAUGUCUUCCUCCUCGCUCAUGCCUUCAGUGAGACCGGCCAGAACAAGAGGAUCCCAUUUGAGGACCGUACGGGCGAGUGUCUGAAGAGGACGGGGGCCAGCGUGGCUCUUACUUCCAUCAGCAACGUCACAGCAUUCUUCAUGGCAGCCCUCAUCCCUAUCCCAGCGCUCAGGGCCUUUUCUCUCCAGGCUGCAGUCGUGGUGGUGUUCAACUUUGCCAUGGUGCUUCUAAUCUUCCCAGCCAUCCUCAGCAUGGACCUCUACCGACGAGAAGACAGGCGUUUCGACAUUUUCUGCUGCUUCUACAGCCCAUGUGCCAAUCGUGUCAUCCAGAUUGAGCCUCAUGCGUACCUGGAUGGUGUGGAUGCGAGCCGCUACAGCCCUCCCCCAUCAUAUCGUACCCCUCCUCCCUCGUACCAGACGCCUCCUCCCAGCUACAGCAGCCCCCCUCCUUCGUACAGCAGCCACGGCUUUGCCCAGCAGACACAAAUCACCAUGCAAUCCACAGUUCAACUCAGGACCGAGUAUGACCCCCGCACCCAGGCCUUCUACACCACAGCUGAGCCCAGAUCCCAGAUCUCUGUACAGCCCAUCAACCCAGCGCCCACCAGGAGCAACCAGAACAACGAUUACUACAGCACCAACGCAGGCAACAGCAGGAGCGGCAGCAGCAACCACGGCAACCUCAACAACAACAACAGUGGGAGCAGAAGCAACGGGGGAUCACGGAGCUCCGACGCCUUCUCCCAUCAUCAUCCUGCAUCUUCUCCUGCUGCUCCGAGUGUCAGCUCAGCUCCUCAAGGUGAUGCAGCCUCAUCUACAGGACACAUCCCAGAGAAUAACAGCUCUACACGGGACCUGUUGUCCCAGUUUGGAGACGGCACAUUGGGGCAACGUUGCCUUGAGCCUCCCUGCUCUCGCUGGACACUGGCUUCUUUCGCUGAGAGACACUAUGCUCCAUUCCUUCUGCAGCCCACUACUAAGGUCAUUGUGAUCGUGCUUUUCCUUUGCUUGCUGGGAGUCAGUUUAUACGGGACCACACAGGUGAGAGACGGCUUAGAGCUGACGGACAUCGUACCCAGGGAAACCAGCGAGUAUGACUUCAUCGGUGCUCAGUUCAAGUUCUUCUCAUUCUACAACAUGUACGUGGUGACGCAGCGGGCAGACUACGCCCACAACCAGCCUCUGCUGCACCAGCUCCAUCAGAGGUUCCACACUGUCCGCUACGUGUUGAAAGAGGACAACGGACAGCUACCCCGCAUGUGGCUGGACUACUUCAGGGAUUGGCUGCAAGGUCUCCAGCAGGCAUUUGACAAAGACUGGGAGGCCGGCCGCAUCACCAGCACCAGCUACAAGAACGGCUCCGAUGAUGGCAUCCUGGCGUACAAGCUUUUGGUGCAGACAGGACGCAGGGAGAGGCCAAUCAACCUUAACCAGUUGACUCGUCAGAGGCUUGUGGAUGCAGACGGCAUCAUCAACCCUGGGGCUUUCUACAUCUACCUAACCGCCUGGGUCAGCAAUGAUCCUGUGGCCUACGCCGCCUCGCAGGCCAACAUCCGCCCACACCCUCCUGAGUGGCUCCAUGACCGUACCGACUCCAUGCCCGAGACACGCCUCAGCAUCCCGGCAGCUGAGCCCAUCGAAUACGCACAGUUCCCCUUCUACCUCAACGGGCUCCGUGAGACGCCACAGUUUGUGGAGGCCAUCGAGAGCGUGCGGGCUAUCUGCAGCAACUACAGCCGACAAGGACUGCCCUCCUACCCAAACGGCUACCCUUUCCUUUUCUGGGAACAGUAUGUUAGUCUGCGCCACUGGCUCCUGCUGUCCAUCAGUGUUGUGCUUGCCUGCACCUUUCUCGUCUGUGCACUCUUCCUGCUCAAUCCGUGGACCGCCGGCAUCAUUGUAUUGGUGCUUUCUCUCAUGACAGUGGAGCUGUUUGGCUUCAUGGGUCUGAUGGGAAUCAAGCUGAGUGCUGUGCCUGUGGUCAUCCUCAUUGCCUCUGUGGGCAUUGGAGUGGAGUUCACCGUCCAUGUUGCUCUGGCGUUCCUGACAGCCAUAGGGGAUCGUCACAAGCGGGCAGUGCUGGCGCUGGAGCACAUGUUUGCUCCAGUGCUCGAUGGAGCCUUUUCCACCUUGUUAGGCGUCCUCAUGCUUGCUGGCUCUGAGUUCGACUUCAUCGUCAGGUAUUUCUUUGCAGUGUUGGCCAUCCUUACAGUUCUUGGAGUUCUGAAUGGAUUGGUCCUUCUUCCAGUAUUAUUGUCAUACUUUGGGCCGUAUCCAGAGGUGUCGCCAGUUGAUGGUCGUAGCCGAUUACCAACUCCAUCUCCAGAGGCCCCUCCUCCUGUGGUCCGCUUCUCUGUCCGUCCUCACCACACCACCGGGACCACCACCUCUGGUGCAGCUUCAGACUCUUCAGACUCUGAGUACAGCUCAAACACCACAGCGUCGGGUAUCAGCCAGGAGCUACAGAACUACAACCUUCCCUCCUAUCAAAGAGGCCAAACUCGAGCAGAGGAGCAGCAGUACCACCUCCAGGCCAGCAGGGGCAGGGCAGCCAGGAUAGAGGAGGGGAGGAGAGCAGGAUCAGGGCCCAGACGCUCAGCCAGGCAGCCUGAGCCUCCAGCUUAUACUUCGAAUGUGUCCUCUCAGGGUUGUGAUUCUGGGCCCCAGUCCAGGGCUACUCAGCGUAACAGCAGCAGGGACCCCAAGAGCCAGCUGCACUGGCAGGCCCCGCCCCCAGCCCGCCCGCGCAUGGACGCUUUUGAAACUGCUACUGAGGCUGGGGGCCAUCAUGGCUCUCACAGCCAUAGAGAACACUCAGCAGGUCACAGGGCCCGCUCUACCCACAACCCACAGCCUAAUCACCACCUCCCACACCACCACCCCAGCUCCACCCCAUACUGCCAACCCAUCACCACAGUAACAGCGUCAGCCUCUGUCACUGUCGCCGUCCACCCACCCCCUUUGUCCAACCAGAACCCCCCUACUUCUUCUUAUCCAGGAUACACUGCAACGGACAGUUACUGCCCAUUAGGGCAGGAGGAGCCGGAGACUGUCUUCCAAGACCCACAUGUGCCGCUGGACACCCAUUCGGGAGUCAGGGGGGUCCAGGUGGAGGCCAUGGAGCUUCAGGAUUUGGACUUUGAGGCAGCUGAGAGCAACAGUGGCAGGCGGGCAAGCUGAGUUGUGGAGAACUGAAUCACAGCGGCCAAAGACUCGGCCUGGCACAGCCCAGCCCAGCGUAGCCCAGCCUGGCUCGAUCCCGGCAGAGAACAAGUGUCCAGUGUUGCCGUCAUGGUGCUCAUUCUUACUGUAACCCAGUGGACUAUUGUCUUAGAUAUUUCUAUCUAUAUUUAAAAGAUGUAUACAUAUGUAAAUAUGAACAAAAAGUAGCUAUAAUUUUAGGAGAUGUACAACUCCUCAUGUUAACAGACUGGGGCUGCCAUUGUAUAUGGUGUGAGUGAGUGAGUGUAUGAGUGCGAUUGUGUGUAUAUGUGAGGGAGCGAUAGAUUUCUGAUUACUGUUCACUCAUCUGUGGAUCUGUGCCAUUAGGAAGCUUCAUCUAGACAAACAUACCUGUCAGCAUUCACUGUUGCUGCUCAAAGUAUAGAUAUAUAUUUUUAAAUGAUAAACAUUUAUAACUCUAUGCAAACGUCUCUUUAAACAAAAGAAGUGAUCUGUCUUCAUAUGUGUUUGUGUGUAGGAGGUGAGUGUAGUGCUGUGAUAUUUUUCUGGCUUAAACAUCAGAUCCAUCCUGAGAACAGACUAACAUUAACACUCAUUUCUACAUGAGGGGAAGUGUUAGCUUUAUCAAACAGGGCUAUGAUUUAUGUGUGGAUGUGUGUGUGUUUAUUGUUGUAUAAAGGUACGCAUGUUAAUCUAUUAAUUUUUUAUCACAAACCUGUGGUAGUUAUGAAACAAUUACUGUUUAACUUGACACGCUAUGCGUGCUAUUUAAGACGAGCAGAAAUGAAGAAAUUUUAAAGCUGUUUUUUUUUUUUUUGCUUUUUUUAAAAUUUUUUUUGCUUUUGUUUGUUUUGUUCUUUUAGCCAUUCCUCUGCAUUGGAACCUGUUUCUGCUCCCAGCUUUGUAUCACUGUGUUAGGCUGCUCUCUGGUCGUAUUUUACUGUAAGAGGUUAUGUAUUGUUUACCCUAGCAGGCUCCACACAGGUUCUAUCUCAUUUACUGACAUACACUCCGUAAACCCACCUCAACAAACUCACUCUGCCGUCACAUUACUGAUUCUGGAACAGGGUCAACACGGGGCACUAACUCUGUACCCUACGUGCUUGUGUCUAGUGGAUAAGCUAAAUCUCUGACUUUAUACUGUAACCUGACUCAGCAUGGCACUUGACUGCAUUUAAACACAGAAAUAUCUCUCCUCAAGUAGCUCUUUAUUUCUGUCCAAACAAUAAGCUAGCCCACGCAGCCUGCUAAGGGCUAAGCCCUAUAUGGCCUGACAAUGUGCUCUUUGUAUGUCUUCAUGUAUUCAUGUAUUCAUGUGUCUUUAAACAUUUCUCUGUUUGUGGUAGUUCAUCCUUGUACUCAGUCACAGCUCUCUUUAAGGCUGGCUACACACCAAACAUCCAUCCAUUUUCAAUACCGCUUAUCCCAUUCAGGGUCGCAGUGGGGCACGAGCCUAACCCAGCUGUCAUCUGGACUGGUCGCCAGUCAAUCGUAGGGCUGACAUAUAGAGACAGACAACAAGGCACACUCACAUUCACACCUACAGCCAAUUUAGAGUCACCAGUUAACCUAAUGAGCAUGUUUUUGGUG